GACAUAAUCGCGAGUGCAAGCGUCACAACUGAAGAAACCAUAAUAAACUAACUACUUUGCUGCUUGUAAACUACAUAAAUAAUACCUUUUAAAUUAUGACUAUUACAUUGCCAGAAAUAUAUGCUGCUUGCGCUCUGGCGUGCGGAGCGGUCUUCCUAGUUACCUCCACAUUUUCAGGUAGUUUUAUGACAGGAAGCAAGGCGUAUAUAGUCCCUGCAAUCUUUUCCUCAGGGUUUCUCUCCUUCUCAAUUAUAACUAUAGUCAAUGAAGGUCUCGCACCAGUGUGGUACAAUCAUACCUUAAAUUACUGGGGUAGUCAGAUAUGCAUCGACCUGGUCGUUGGAUUUUGUGUGAGCUGGUAUCUGAUACUACCAAGAGCGAGAGACGCUGGAAUUUUAAUCUAUCCCUGGUUGGUGAUUGUGUUAUUCACCGGUAACAUUGGCAUAACGGCUAUGCUUGCCUUUGUGCUAUUUCGGGAGGCGCAAGAUGGUCGUGGGUAUCGUCAAUUGUGAAGUCAUUAUGUUGAAAUCAUACUUGGACACACGGAAAACCUCUGAAUCUGCGAUACUCACCCCGAAGGGGUUGCUUUUACAGUUGAUGCUUCAUUUCGGGACUGAAGUGCUUCAUGAACGACGCAAAGUUCAUUUCGCUGCCCAAGCGACUUACAUAUGACAACGGGAUGUGAUAACUGAGCAGGUGCUGGGGAACCUUAUACUGCACGUUACGUUUGCAAUCGUUGGACCUGUCCCAGUAUAAUACAAACUAAGUCUGACCAUGAUAUUUACUUCAUAUGAUGAGAUACGGAUGCAUGAGUACUUCCGCUGGCAAGUUAAAUAUGACACCACUGUAGGCGUUCAAAAUCACAGGAAGUCCGGUACAUGUGAUAAAAGUAUUAAAAUAAACAUAGCUUGCUGUCUACAAGUGGGC